CUGUGAUAAUUUUCGAAUACUCGCGGUGUGCGGUCGCUUUUCCGUAGAUUUCUAGAAAUUGCUGUAAGUGUGAUAGAUUCACAAUUUUUUAUUACGAACAACAAAUUUCCUUGGGAAACCCCUUUUUAAGGCAUUCUAACGCAAAGAAAACCAUUGCAUAAUGACGAAAGCGGUCUGCGUACUCAAUGGCGAUGUUAGCGGCACAGUGUUUUUCGAUCAAAAGGACGACAAAUCGCCGGUAGUGGUUUCCGGGGAGGUCAAAGGUCUGGCAAAGGGCAAGCACGGCUUCCAUGUGCAUGAGUUUGGAGACAACACCAACGGCUGCACAUCCGCCGGCGCCCACUUCAACCCACUUAAGCAGGAGCACGGAGCACCCAACGCUGCAGUGAGACACGUUGGAGACCUCGGUAACAUUGAGGCCUCCGCUGAUGGUGGUGUAACACAGGUCAACAUUCAAGACUCUCAAAUCUCCCUUACUGGACCCCACAGCAUCAUCGGUCGCACCCUGGUGGUCCACGCUGACCCUGAUGACUUGGGUGUCGGCGGUCACGAGCUGAGCAAGACUACUGGCAACGCCGGAGCCCGUAUUGCUUGCGGAGUUAUCGGCUUGGCUAAAAGCGGUUAAAUAUAGGCCACUUAUUCAAAAUUUAUUAAAGUUACAAAGAUCAAUCAAUGCAAUAUUGUAGUGUGCCUUCUUGAGUCUUUUCUAAAUGUUAUAAAACUUCACAGUUAUUUAACAACUUCAUAUGAGUCUGUCCUCACAUUAGCAAUGUUAAGAAUAAUGUGUAUAGCAUUCCCAGUUCUGUGAGCUUUAUAUAUUUGGUGCAGGUAUUGAAUAUCAUAUGGUAGAAAACUGCAGCCUGUUUUGUUUAAGUAAAUGUUUAAACACA